AUUUAGAAGCAAGGUCAUCACGUGGGCAGAGUAAUUUUGAGAAGGAAUUUAAGGUAAUUAAAACAUUUUAUUCAUCUCUUUAUCGCUUUUCCAUAAAGUUUUCACCUAAUAGCUUAGGUGUUCAUGUGGUGGCCACAGAUUUAAUUUAGGGAAUAUCUAAGGAAUGUAUUUUCAAUAGCUUUAUUAAUAAUAAAGUAUUUUAUAAAUGCAAUUUCUUUAGAAUGUAUUUUUUUUAAAUACAAACAAAUAUAAUGAAUUUUUUUUAUUUAAAAUUUUAAUUUUUAAGGAUGUGAUACUGAAAAUUCAAAAGAAUAUGUGAAUAAAAAAAAUAAUUUCUGGUAGGUAAUAAAACUGUCUUUUAGAGAAGAGUAAAAAAUUGGUACAAACUGAACUUAGUUAUUUUUAAUCUUUGUCACUGCAAGUAAGUAAAAUUGUAGCGGAUUUCAUCACUAUUGUUCAAAUUGCUCUUUAAAGUUAUUCAAAGUGCAUAAACAGAAGUUUAAUCUUUAAAUGUUUACAAGGGUAACUUAUGUCAUGUUUUCAAAUGAAGCAUUUUUUUUUCCCAAGAAAAUUGGAAUGUCUAAAAGUUUUUAUCUUUAAUAAUUUUUAAUUUCAGUCCAUUUGUACAGUUUGUGCUGACAAGGAGGAUGGCAAAGAUGAAGAGGGAUCAGGUGGAAGCAUUGCAGGCUUAUAUCACAACAGUAGAAGUGUUAACAACAAACUGAAGAACAGAUUUAGCAACAUUUUGCCAAGUUGGUGAACAUCAUUAGUUUUUCAGUAUUUCUACUAAUAAUAAUAAAAAAAUAUUGUAAUUAACAUAUACGAUGAGUUUGUUAAUUGACAAAAAAAGGGUACAAAAACUUCAAAUCAAAUAUUUAUGUUAUCAUUGUGUUCUUAUGAUUUAAAAAAAGAAGGAAUUUUAAAUGUUAAAUAACAUAAAGUAAAUUACAAAAAUGUUUUCCCUUUAAAUUGCUUACAAAUAAGACUUAAGGUGGACCUAUUUAUUUUUUCCAGAAGACCAGUACAGACCAUUGCUUUUCUGUGAAACUAAGGAUGUCGGUGAUUACAUCAAUGCUGUAUAUGUACCUGUAAGUUAUUUAAACUGUUUAACACAUGACAAUUUUAGAAUUUUAAAUUAUUCUUACGCAUAUGCCAGUCAAUUGAAGUCAGAUACCUGAAGGCAAAGUUACAAAACUUGUAUGAACUGGAAAAAAAUUUACAUAGACCUAACAGAGGAAAAUUAUCAUAAAAUUUGAAAAAAUCAUCAGUUUAAAAACAAGUAUAAAAACAAAUUGCAGUAGGCCUGCUUUGUUUUUGAGUAUUCUAUAUAAAUAUAAAUUUAAAUGUACUGAAAAAAACCCAACUUAUAUCAACUUAAAGAACAGCAAGUGAAGAGACACAAUCCUCAAAAUAAAAAAAUAUUAAUUUACACACACACAUAAAGAGUAUAAUCUUGCAAUUACAUAACAUCUCAUAAAAGUCUAGAAGCAAAAAAUCUCUUGUGACUGUGGAAGCUGCUGGCUUAUAUAUAAGGAUUAAAUCAGAACCCUCUUAAAAAAGAAAUUCUAGGAAUAGGUUCACUUGAUACCAUUCUCUAGAACAAAUAGAAUGUAUUCGAAUGUAAACAACCUUUUCCCAAUCAAGGGAGGGUGGUCAAUAUAAAAAAAAAAUUGGGGAAUCAAGUGGUGGUGGCCAAAACACUAAAAUUAGGCCUACACACACAUCAUAACAAUGAAGGUGGUGUGUACUUUGCAGAAUAUAGUUGCAGGGGCAUGGGAUUUUUGUAGAAGGAUAAGCUGGUUCCGAAGAGAGCAAAUCACCUCUCCCCACACACAUGGCGAACCCAGACGAUUCCGAAUUAUUUACUAUUUAAAAUAGGAAAACAAUAAAAAAAAAGAUGGCCAUUCAAAAAUGAUCUCACUUCUGUUUUUGUCUGUCAUCUACAGAGUUUGACCAAACCAAACCACCAAAUAUUGACCCAGCUUCCAUUACCUUCAACGGUUGUUGAUUUCUGGAGGCUUGUAACACAGUACAGAGUCACGCUAAUUGUUGCAUUUGAACUUGACUUGAAGGAAGCUGAUUCAGUAAUACAAUAUAUUUAUUUCAUAAAGUUUUAUAGUCAUGUGAUCAAACAUGGUAAAGAGUAUUGUUUCAGCUGCUGGUAAAAUUCUAUGCAUAAAAAAAAAAAAUUCUAUUUUUACAACAGCUUUUUAAUAAUAUAAAAAAUGUAUUUAAUUAUUUUGAUUCAAAUCUUCUCAUUUCCCUUUUUUUAUAAAACUCCCUUAGAUAAUCUAUUUUAAUCAGUUAGAUAUGCAAAAUUAAAAGAAUCUUUCCAUAAUGUUCAACAAGUAAAUCUCUAUUGUGUUUAAAAAAAUAAAUAUUUAUAAUUUUAAUUUCUCCAGACCAUAGGAGGCUAUCUUCCAACAAACAUGAGUGAACCAAUGACCUGCGGAAAUAUAAAUGUAGAGGCUGGUCUAGUUCAUCUCGGAGCUUCAUGGGAAGAGCAGAGUAUUUCAAUCACUGUUCAGAAGAGAAAGAAAUCACUGAUUCCAACUCCAACCACUGUAAGUUGUUUUGUUUUUUUGUUUGUUCAGAAGCUACAUGUGUCAUGAAACAUGAAGUUUUUGUAUUUUGACAUAAUUAAAUUAUCAAAAUAACAAACUAAAAAAAUAACAUAAUUAAAGGUUACAUCACACUUUUUUUGGCAGAUCCCCCCCCCCUCCCCCAAUGAAUCUAUCUCCCUAACACUAAUAUAAUUUACAUUGCACCUAUUUUCCAUUGAUUGAAACUAUAAUGAAAUUGUGUGUUUAUCUUUAUUGAUAAUAGAGAAUUUUGACAGAUUUAAACAUUAACAAAUGAGAAAUAAUUAAUUUAUAAUGUCUAAGUUAAAUUGCUUAAUAAUAUAUAAUUGAUUUCUGAAUUAAAAUGCCUAUUAAUAUAGAUUAUUUCUGAAUUAAAAUGCCAAUUAAUAUAGAUUAUUUCUGAAUUAAAAUGCUGAUUAAUAUAUAUUUUUUCUGAAUUAAAAAUGCUUAUCAAUAUAGAUUAUUUUUUAUCAUUUGCCCUAUUUACUUUAUGUUCAGCAUUCUCAUUUUGUGGAUUUGUCUGUGACCCAUCUCAAGUACACAAGCACUGUAUAUAACACAGAAAAAUUCUUGGCCUUCCUUUCACAUGCCAGAUCUUGUAGUGCCCAUCAAGGAAAAGUUUUGUAUACUUGCAGGCAAGAUUGCAUAUUUGUAAACUGUUAAUAUUAAAUUUUACGUCACAGAAAUGUCUUGAUCAGUUUAAACCUUCUAGCUAGAAUUGUUAUCAGGGCCGGCUCAAUGCGAGUACGAUGUGUGAUCAUCACACUGGAGCCUAAACAGCCAAAGGCAGCAAAAUUGGUUAAAAUAAACAAAUAAAAUUUUCGGAACUCUUCCGCUAAUUUUCCAGAGGGCGACAAUUGCCUAUUUUCACCCUACCUAAAAAUGUCUAGCGCUGGCCCUGAUUGUUAUAAUAAAUUAAUUUGUUAAAUAUAAAUUAAUGAUUAUAACCAAUGAUCAUUAUUUGUGUGCUGGGAAUCGCCUUUUAAACACAACAAAUAUUUUGUUUAAAAGAGUAAAUGUACCUAAGAAAUAUAUUUGAUAAGGAAUAUUUUCAGAUUUUCAGGACAUGAUAAUUGUCCUUUGCAUAUUUAUUUGUAAUUUAAGUUGUCUGUUAAAAAUUUAUACUGUUUUCAUAAUAUUUUCAUUAAGGAAUGGUGCUGACAUGAGCGGAUUGGCAUGCGUCUUGUCUCUCCUCUUGGAUAGGUUUGACAAUGAUCACUAUUUAACAGUUCCACUUGUUGUAGGUGCAGUAAAAACAAUAAGACAGCAGGUUAUACCCACACUGGUGAGUUGUCAUCUUGUUUAGUUCUACAAGAUUGUGUCAGUAUUUCUCAUCACCUCAAUGGUGUAGACUUAAAGACAAGGUACAACAAGGCGCAUGGAAGCUUGAAUAGAAAGAUGGUACAAUAAAAGAAGAACGUUUCAGCUUAGACCCUUCCUCAACAGACGGGACAAUUGAAGAAAUGACAAGAAAUAGAAACUAGUUCUAAAACUUAAGUGUUCACCAUUGUUAUUGCCAUAAGUUGGGCUUUAAAAGACUUAAAGCAGUUUUCUUUAUAAAACAGUUAAUAUGAUUAAUCAUGAUUUUUCAUUUAAUUCUUAAAACUUUGAAAUGAUGUUCAAUGAAUUUAGAUUUUGACUCUGUGCAACAUAAUUUAAGAAAUGUGUUUAAUUUGAGGAAUUAUUCAAACUUAAAAUUAACUUUAGUUGUAUACUGUAAUUAUUCUAAAAACAAAUUUUUUAAAUUUAUAUAAGCCAUUUUUAACUGCAUUAUCUCUUUUUACCCUUGGGUGACAAGAUGGGUUAACUUCAGUGUUUAAAGUUAUGACAUUGGUUAAGUGUCCAAAACAUAAUUGAUAUUUAUUAUUUCACAGGAUCAGUACAAAAUGUUGUACCAAUUGGUCAAGCUGUAUAGUGAGAGUGAGAGUGUGUAUUAUAAUCAUGGUCACGCUAACAACAGCAGCAAGGGACAAAGUAAUCCUGCAUUUGUUUCAACAAGUGAUGAAGACCGCUAUGUGUAUGCUAACCUUUAGAAAAAUCUCUCUAUAACUUUCAAGCCAAGUUAAAAUUUAUGCACCAAUUAAUUUUUUGAUCACUUAUUUUUAACAAUUAUAAUGUAUAUAUACCGGUAUUUUUUUUUUUCCAUUCAAUUUCAAAUUUAUAAAAGCAACUAUAAUAAUGAAUAUUCAGUCAAAUCUAAACAUGAUGUGUGUCAUCGUAACAUGUCUCUGCUUCUUUAUUCAAAUUCUAAAAAUCAAAUAUUGAGUAUUGACUCAUUUGUUUAUUUUUCUUAGAUUCCAGUCCUUUUCUGUAAUGCUCAUGACAAUCCUAACGUAAACUUGUAUUAUUUCUGUGUUGCUUCUGGUGCCUGAGAAGAUACACAUUUUAUACAUUUUUAAUUAUACAUUAAUGUAAAUUAGAAACUUUUGAUGUCCUUUUCUAACUAUAUGUGAUAAGCCUCAUGUCAUGAAGUUUCAACAGAAUUCAUUUAAUACUUAUUAAUUUUAAAAAAAUUAGAUCUAUCUACUCUAUUCACUUUGACUAUUUGUGAAUGUCAUUUAUUAUAAUUUAUCAUUUUUAUUAGCUUUUUCA